GACAUGGGCCAAAAAAUAUCGGGCUCACCAAAAACAGUUUUUAUAAAUCCAACUUCAUUUUUUUCGAACAAUUUGAGUCGGCCAGCUCGUUUAGAUGUGCUGUUGGAGAGACCGCACGCCGAUUUUGAUGUGCAGGUGCGACACGCAUGGAACCCUCUCGACAAAUCCACAAAUUUAUUCAUAAAGGACGAUGAUAUGCUGACCGUUCACAGACACCCUGUUGCUCAAAGUACUGAUUGCAUUCGAGGAAAAGUAGGUUACACUAGAGGCAUACAUGUCUGGGAAAUAUAUUGGAAUGCAAGACACAGAGGAACACAUGCUGUCAUUGGGGUGGCAACAGGGGAUGCAGUUCUUCAGGCACCAGGGUACAGUUCAUUGGUUGGUAAUGAUGAAAAAUCUUGGGGCUGGGACUUAUCAAGAAAUCGUCUCUGUUAUAAUGAGCAAUCAAGAAGAAACGGAAACGUUUCAGAAUUUAACAAAAUCUACCCUCAAUUUCCUGGUUUUGUCGAAGGUGAUAUCGUAGUAGUGCCUGAUAAAUUUUUAGUGAUUCUUGAUAUGGAUGAAGGAACUUUAAGUUUCAUGGCUUCCAACGUAUAUUUAGGUGUGGCAUUUACAGGCUUGAAGGGUCUUAUUCUUUAUCCUGUAGUGAAUGCCGUCUGGGGCCACUGUGAAAUAUCGAUGAAAUAUAUUGGUGGAAUGGAAAUGGAACCAUUAAGCUUGCAGUGUUUGAGUCGCCAAGCCAUUAGAUGGAGUCUAAGGGAUUGCAUAUCGCUGGAACAUGUCAACAACUUACCACUACCCAAAAAAAUGAUUGAUUACAUCAAAUGUACUAGUCAGCAAGCGUCAUGA